CCAAAAGAAAGAAAAUCGAAGGAGGUUAAAGAGUAUAUAAGAGCGGAGCCAGGACUUUGGAGGAAGCAAACAGAACACAGAGAGGGACCAUGGCUGGUGCUCCAAGGACGGGUAUACAAGGCGCUCUUUCUAUGGUAGAAGAUUGUAAAAGGUCUCUACAACUGAAACUAAACAAGUACCUGAGCAGCAAAUACAAGGCUGGAUUUUUGACCAUUUACAAGAUGGAUAUGGAGCGUGUGAAGAAUCAGAAGAUAUGGGAAUAUGGAACAGCAAAGGCUGAUGAGAAAAACAAAGUGAUCAUGAUGGUUGGUGAAACCGGAUCUGGUAAAACAACCCUGAUAAACACUAUGGUCAACUACAUCUUUGGUGUGGAGUGGAAGGAUGAACUCCGGAUCCAGCUUAUUGAGGAGAUUAGUGAGAAGAGUCAAGCCCACAGCCAAACAUCGAGUGUCACCAUCUACCAGAUCCACCAAGAAGAUGGCUUCCGAAUCCCGUACACCAUAACCAUCAUUGACACUCCGGGGUUCGGAGACACCAGAGGGAUAGAUCAUGAUGAGAAAAUCAUGAAGAAGAUACGAGAAUUUUUUUAUAAAUGCAAAUUCACUGAAAUUGAUGCGAUUUGUUUCGUGGUUCAGUCAUCUUCGGCUCGGUUAACUCCAACCCAGUCAUACAUCUUUGACAACGUUUUGUCUAUUUUUGGGAAUGAUAUCAAGGAUAAUAUAGUCUUCUUCACAACCUUCGCCGAGGCCCAGGAACCGAAAGUUCUCUCUGCAAUUAUGGAGGCUGAGGUUCCAUGUGCCAAAUCUAAAGAUGGAAAACCUGUGUACUUCAAGGUCAAUAACAGCAUGCUGUACGCUAAUAACCGCUCCGAUGAAGAGGACGACGAUGCCUGCAUGGCUCAUGAAAUACAAUGGAAGACGGGGAUGAAAAGCAUUGAGAAAUUUCUUUUACACUUUUUGCCUGGAUUAGCCAGUAAAGAUUUAAGUUUAACGAAGAAAGUUCUGUCAGAUAGACUUGAUUUGGAGGUCGUUUUGGAUGGGCUUGUCCAAAAAAUCAAGGAGGCAAUGUUUAAACAGCAUGAACUGAAAGAAACAGAGAGAAAUCUGGAAGAACACAAGACGGCCAUUGAAAGGAACGAGCAUUUUAAAUUUGAGGUGACAGAAACUGUGAAAACAAAGAUAGACUCUGAGACCGAAUACUCAACCAACUGCCGGGAGUGCAGCUCCACGUGUCACCGAGACUGCCUGGUGUAUUUCGACUCCCUGGUUUAUUUUUGUGAAGUUUUUAACGUCAAGGGAACGUGUCGCGUGUGUGGACAUAAGUCUAGCGCGCAUUUUUCUGAAACGUCUUACUGGCAAACUCUUGUUGACAAAAAAAUUAAAAGUUAUGACGAAGUAAAAGAAAUAUAUGAAAAAGAGGAGAAGAUGGAGAUGACCCCAGAAAUGGUUUUCAAAAAAUUGAAGGAUGACAUUAAGACGACAGAGGAUGAGGUCCUGAAACUUAUUAAGAAGGUGGCCAAGAUCCUAAAACGUCUCCAGGAGAUCGCCUUAAAGCCAAUUCCAAUGUCUGUUGUGGAUUACAUGAAGCUGCUCAUCCAAAAAGAGAAGCGGGAAGGAAAGAGUGGAUUCCUCGAGAGAAUUAACAUGCUGGAAGAAACCAUAAAAAAAUGUAAUAUUAAGAGUACUAUUCACUCUCAAGGAGAAGUUGCCAGCUUUGACACAAUUGCCAAUCUGGAGUAGAGAACAGAUAGAAGACUGGUGGGAAAAAUAUGUUUAUGCCUUCAGCUACCGUAUUUGCCGGCGUAUAAGACGACCCCCUCAUUUUCCAGCUAAAAUGCUGGUUUUGGUAUAUACU